AUGGAGCAAUUAAAAGCAUUGACAAAAGGACGCGCCAGACUCAAGGCCAAUAUCACACGGAGCUUGGCUUGUGCUGAGGACGCGCAACAUUCGAAUGCCACACGGGCAGAGGUGUCUUCGCGGCUGGAGCAUCUCAACACAACAUGGAAAGAAUUCAAUAGAUUUGGUGAUGAAAUAGCAAUGCUCGACGAAGUAGAUGGCUAUGUGGAUCCAGAGAAUGACAACAUAUUCUACGAGGAAAAAUAUCUAAGGGCACAUGCAUUACUUUCGGCGAUGCAUAUCGUGAAUUCACUAUUGGAGCAGUUUAUGAAGCUGCCAACAACAACCAGGUGGGAUACAGCAACAUUACGGAAGGUGUCAGACGGCGCAAAUGAAAUAGUGCGUGGUCUGGAUGCCAUAGAGGAAACAGGACGAGACUGUUGGAUCAUCUACUUGACGCUGGAGAAGCUGGAUGCAGAUACUCGACGCAGGUGGAUCGAGCGCAGUGUGGAGACAGACUCACCCACACUGAAGGAAUUCUUCAAAUUUUUGGAUGCACGUUGCGAGGAACUAGAGCUCAGCAAGCGUGAAACAAUCGGAGGCAAGACUACAGCCUCAAUCGGUGACAAGUCAAGGAAUGUCACACAUUCGCUGGUUGUACUUGAAGGAAACAAGUGCAGCAAAUGUCAUUCUACAGAGCAUCGUCUGUAUGGAUGCCAACAAUUCUUGGAUAUGUCAGCAGGACAGAGGGUUUCGUUUGCCAAGGAAAACGCUCUAUGUUACAAUUGUCUAAAACCUGGUCAUGGGGUCAGAAAAUGCAAAUCGACGUUCAAGUGCAGACAAUGUAAAGGUCAGCAUCACUCACUGUUGCACCUGCAACGCACGCAACAGGCUAUUGGAACAAUCGCACAAACUGGUGAGGAUCAGGAGGAUCCUAGCGCACACUCAACGGUGACUACGAGUCACAUCGCACAAGCAGAAGGUUCUGCAGCAAUGGUAUGUGCACAAGGCACUGCAAAUUCACAACAAUCAACUGGAUGGAACAGGAGCACCUUGCCGACGGCCAUGGUCAACGUUCGCAACGCAAAGGGAGAUUUGGUUGCAUGCCGACUCCUAUUGGACACGGGUUCAGAACUGUCGUACAUAUCUGAACGCUGUAUACAAACACUUGGUUUGGCUCGUAAGCCAUCACGCAUACUGGUUACGGGAAUUUCAUCAACCAAAGCCGACACUACAAGGGGAUGCAGCACUAUAAGCAUCCAAUCCCGUAUUUCACAAGAUCAGCUGGUAGUCCAGGCUCACGUGCUUGGAAAGAUUACGUCAUCAUUGGAAAGGCAGACCAUCGACGCGUCUGUACUUCGAGUUUUCAACGAUCUGCAAUUGGCAGAUUCGCAAUUUAGCACGAAUGCUCCAAUUGACAUUCUUUUGGGCAGCGAACACGUUUGGAGUGUUAUAACUGGGAGAAAGAUCUACGACAACAAAGGAAAGCUCAUUGCUAUAUCAUCAAUUUUCGGAUGGGUAAUUACAUCACUGCUUUCAUCACGCGCAUGCAGCGCUACGGCACUCACAACGACAAUCGACAUCGAUGCUUAUCUCAGAAGGUUCUGGGAGCUGGAGAGCAUACAACGCAAGGCAGAAGUUCAACCUGAAGACGAGGAGGUGGAAAAACACUUUCUUGCAACACACACUCGAGACGAACAAGGCAAGUACAUCGUGGAACUUAAGUUUAAAGUAUCCGAAACACAAUUCGCAGAUACACUUCAAGGAGCGCUGCAGAGGUUCAAAUCAGUUGAACGACGUUUAGCACAGAAUCAACAAUUACGUAACGACUACGUAAAGUUCAUGAGGGAAUACCAGGAGCUAGGACAUAUGCGAGAAAUCUCACCGAGCGAAAUUCCCAAGGGUAGGAAUUUCUACCUGCCACAUCAUCCCGUAUUGGGUCGGAAACUUCGAGUGGUUUUCGACGGAUCAUAUCAAGACGCCAAAGGCAUGGCUUUAAACGACACGCUCUCGAUCGGACCGAGUAUUCAGCGAGACCUAUUUGCUGUGUGCUUGCGAUUCCGUAUGUACAAAUACGUCUUUUCAGCGGACAUAGUCAAGAUGUUCCGUCAAAUAUGGGUGAGCGAAAAACAUAGAGACUAUCAAAGAAUCGUAUGGAGAGAGGAUCCCUCAGAUCCUAUCAAGCACUUCCAACUAUGCACGGUGACGUAUGGAACAUCAUGCGCACCAUUUCUAGCAGUCAGAGUGCUAGAGCAACUAGCUGCUGACCAUAAGCACGAGUUUCCGAACGCAGCAAAAAUCGUGUUGGAGGACUUAUAUGUCGACGACGUUCUCACUGGAGCAAAUAGUGAGGAUGAGCUGCUACGCAACAGGGACGAACUGGUCCAACUGAUGUCCUGUGCUAACCUAGAGCUCGGGAAAUGGGUAUCGAAUACCAAACGCAUCAAAUCGGAGGAUAACACGGAUUCCUCACAAUCACCAGUCAAAGUGCUAGGGCUGCAUUGGCACCCUGGAGAGGACACAUUGUCGUACAAUGUAAACCUAUCGAAAGACCCUCGCUGCACCAAGAGGCAAGUGUUGUCGGAUGUCUCACCAAACAACUGGCUCAAAUGGCGAGCUGAUCUGGACAACCUUCACAAGCUCCAGAUACCGCGCUUAGUUAAAAGCGACAAACAGAGAAUCGAAUUGCACGGGUUUUCAGAUGCAUCCACCAAGGCGUACUCAGCGGUGGUAUACAGCCGAGUGGUUAACGACGAUGGAACCAUUUCGGUCGCCAUACUUGCUGCAAAAACCAGAGUGGCACCUUUGAAGCAGCAGUCUUUGCCGCGCCUGGAACUAUGUGGCGCACUUCUAUUGAGUCAACUUCUGCAAUCCAUAAAAGCUGGACUAAUGAACAAUGACGUAACGAUCUACGCAUGGAGUGAUUCGACGAUAGUCCUGUCAUGGUUAUCGUAUUUACCAGCCCAACUCAAGACGUUUGUUGGGAACCGCACUUCAGAAAUCCUCGAAACCAUCCCGAAGCAUGCAUGGCGGCAUGUAGACUCAAAAUCGAACCCAGCGGAUUGCGCAUCCCGUGGCUUGGGAGUAUCCGAGCUCAUUGACUUCCAAUUAUGGUGGAAGGGUCCUUCAUGGCUGAGGGACAAGGAACAAUUCUUGGAAAGGUUGAACAAUACUCAUAACUGUACUUCUCUUUCAGACAAACGCAUACAAGACGAAGUCAAAACUACCUGCCUAGCUGCGCAGACGAAUGUCACGACGGACAACCCAUGGGAUAAGCUUCUCAAUCGCAACUCAUCUUGGCUGAAGCUUAUACACACACUUGCUUACGUUUUGCGCUUCAUUCAUCGCAUGAAGCACCCAUCUUCGAAACAAACAUCGAACUCUCUAACGUUCGAUGAGAUCAAGGCAGCAAGGAUUCGGUGGCUGCAACACGCUCAAGCUGGUUUUCAACAGGAGUUCCAGUUGCUACGCGCAAACAAGGCUCUAGGGAACCAAUCUCAAUUGGUCAAGCUCUCACCAAUCAUCGACAAGGACAACCUACUAAGAGUGGGUGGACGAAUCCAACAUUCACAGUUGUCAGCAGAGGCGAAGCAUCCUAUUUUGCUUCCAAAGAAUCAUCGGAUCACAUAUUUGAUCAUUGAACAUGAGCAUCGUUUUAAUUUGCAUCCUGGAGUCUCAUCUCUCUUCGUCAUUGUUCGACAAAGGUAUUGGAUUUUCGGCGCACGAAAUUUAAUACGCAAAAUCACACACAACUGCCUGGUGUGCUUUCGGCAAAGGUACAACACAAUGCAUCAACGUAUGGCAGAUUUACCGAGCGUACGUAUCACGCAAGCACUUCCGUUCGUAAACACCGGAUGUGACUACGCAGGACCCAUUCUUCUAAAGGAAGCAAAGGUGCGUAAACCACGCAUCAGCAAGGGCUACAUAUGCCUUUUCGUUUGUAUGGUCACUUCGGCGAUCCAUCUUGAACUCGCCACGGACCUAUCCACGGAAACAUUUCUGGCGGCGUUGUGA